GUUUUCUUCUUGUGGAUGAUAUGGCUUCAAGAACCGAAGAAACUGGUUGCUGGCAAUGAUUUUUAUGCAUUCCCAAGGAUUGACCCAACUGGAAAGAAGAUGGCAUGGGUAGAAUGGAGUCACCCACACAUGCACUGGGACAGAGCACAACUUUGGGUUGGUUAUUUUUCUGAAACUGGAGACUUGUGCAAGCGAGUUUGCAUUGCUGGUGGAGAUAAUAGGACAAUAGAAUCCCCAAGUGAACCUAAGUGGUCCCCAAAAGGAGAUCUCUUUUUCAUUACAGAUAGAGAAAGUGGGUUUUGGAAUAUCUAUAAAUGGAUUGAAGACAAGAAUGAACUGGUGGCUGUUUANUUUGGCAUCAACUCUUAUGAUUUUGUUGGAAACAAUAGCGAGAGUAAUAAUAUAGUUUGCAGCUACAGGCAGAAUGGAAGGUCAUACCUGGGAGUAUUGGACCAUAUUCACAGCUCUUUUUCAUUGAUUGAUACUCCUUUUACCGAUAUUAAUAACAUUGUUUCUGCAGCCAACUACUUGUACAUUGAAGGAGCAUCUGCAACCCAUCCGUUGUCUGUUGCAAAGGUAACUUUGGAUGAGAGUUUGACAAAAGCAAAAGAAUUCUCUAUUGUAUGGUCAUCUUCUCCAGAAAUUGCAAAAUACAGAUCAUACUUUAGUCUUCCAGAGCUCAUCGAGUUUCCUACAGAAGUUCCUGGUCAAAAUGCUUAUGCAUUUUAUUAUCCUCCUUCAAAUUCCAAAUAUCAAGCUACUUCAGAUGAAAAGCCUCCCUUAUUAGUGAAAAGUCAUGGAGGGCCAACAGCAGAGACUCGUGGAAUACUUGACCUUAAUGUCCAAUACUGGACUAGUAGAGGAUGGGCUUUUGUGGAUGUUAACUAUGGAGGAAGCACUGGUUUCGGAAGAGAGUACAGAGAACGACUUUUAGGCAACUGGGGUAUCGUUGAUGUAAAUGAUUGUUGCAGUUGUGCCAAAUUUUUGGUGGAAAGUGGAAAGGCAGAUGGACAAAGACUAUGUAUAACUGGGAGGUCCGCUGGUGGGUACACUACAUUAGCUUGUCUUGCAUUCAGAGACACAUUCAAGGCGGGUUCUUCUCUGUAUGGUGUAGCUGAUUUGUCUUUGUUGAGACAAGAAACCCAUAAAUUUGAGUCACAUUACACUGAUAACCUUGUGGGGAGUGAAAAAGACUACUUUGAGAGGUCACCGAUUAACUUUGUGGACAAAUUUACUUGUCCAGUAAUUCUGCUUCAAGGGUUAGAUGAUAAGGUUGUUCCCCCAGAUCAAGCUCGCAAGAUAUACACGGCUUUAAAAGACAAGGGUUUGCCUGUUGCUCUCAUUGAGUUUGAAGGAGAACAACAUGGGUUCAGAAAGGCUGAAAACAUCAAAAUUGCACUUGAACAGCAGAUGGUGUUCUUUGCUAGGUUAGUAGGGAAGUUCCAAGUAGCUGAUGAUAUUUCACCCGUCAAAAUCGAAAACUUUGAUUGAACUUUUUUUUUUUUCCAAAGGUCGUGUGUCGAUGUAUUUGCAUUCUCUUGUUCUUGCCAUAUGCACAGUGGGUGUUAAUUUUUUACUUAUGUAAAGUUAAGUUUGAGUUUGUUUAGGGUUUAUUUUAUUGUGAUUUCUUUGUGUACGCUUUGUGAGCAGCAUUUGGCGUGUAAUUCAAGUAUCUGUGUUGACUUAUUGAUUGA